GGCUAACUUGCAUGGUGGAUAAGUCUCAACUGUAAAAAAAAGAAACCGUACUCCAGAGAGGAGAAGGGUAUCACGGAUGCUCGCUACACAAUCCGAUCUGCAUACUGCUAACUCAACUUCCCAACUUCUUAGCGCCCGGUUGUGGCUCCCUUUGCUGAGGUGUAAACUGACCUAAGCGACUGAGGACGUCAAACACGGCGGCUAUACAAAUUCACUCGCAACAACUACCAGAUUAUUGAGCAAAAACAAGGGCUGCAAGCCUAAGUGGAGGAAAUUGGGGGUUGCAUCGUACCGACCUAAAUUAUAUAGAACUUGCCUGGUUCGCGUCCAGCACCUUCUACCACUUUUCGUUCUGAUACGUACGGCCUACUACACUGCUGUACCAAAUAUUAUGAUGGAACUUCCCGGCCAUAAGUCCGGUCUAUUGUUGUCCAGUUACACCUCGAUCCAGCCUCUGCCUAGUAUGGCAAACUCGGAUAUCUCUCACCAGAUCACCAGCCUCAUCGAGGUCACAGAAGGCAUCGUCGAGGCGUAUAACCCGAUCAAAAACCUCCGUGGCCUACCCGAUGCCUUCCGGGAAGUGAACAACCUCCUUCCUUUCAUCAAACAAAUCCUUCAAGAUGCUAAGCGUCCGACGAAGAGAGUCCUAUCCGCCAACGACACUGAGGCCCUGAAGACGGCCCUGUGUAGCUGCGGCGAGAAGGCUAACAAUCUACUGGAGAUCUUCCAGAAGUUCGCAAAGAGGACGAAUGGCCGAUACAACUCUUCCGUGUACCGGGCAAUUAUUAUUCAGCACGGCAAGCAUAAUGUUGAAACGCUGGCGGACGGUAUUUUGCAGGAUCUAGGGGCCCUUGUGACGCACCACAUAUUUCCGGCGGACCUGCAGAGGCAAGUCAAGUCAUUGGAGAAUGCUCGAGAGGCGCUAGCGAAAGUGUCUCCAUCACUAACUGACUUCGAUCUGGCCGACCAGCCUCAUGCUGCCCACCAGUAUGGGGAUCAUGGCCGCCAGUAUAACCUGCUCGGCGAGGGUAGCCAGAGAAUCGCGGAUGGUCACUAUUUCGAGGCGCGGGGAAAUCAGACGUUCGGCAUGUUCCCGCCGAAGAGUUUUAUGAACAGCUCUGAAAUCGCUGCUGGUCAAUGAGAUUUUAGCGUUAUCCUAGCAUCACCGUCUCCCAGCCCUAACAUUAUUUGCGUCCAAACUACACGGUUUUUAGACAAGCUCCUAACGUUCGUGCGUUGUAGGGGAAUGGUCUCUUAACAGCCCCCACUGGUGCCAGGGCCGUGCGCGCCCUUACAGUGGAUUGGGGGAGGCAGGGCAUCUCUGGUGUGUUUCGCCCUGCAGAUUUUUUUGGGCUUUGAUAUCGUUUUGUUUGUUUAGGUGGUCUGUCAGCCAUCGGGGACCUCACCUUCCGGUCACUUAGAACGUUGGUGAGAUGGACAUGAUAGGCAUCUAUGUGGGUGGUUAAAGAUUGCUGAGAGAGAUCCUGUUUGUAUAAACAAAGCCUACAACUAUA